CUUCCUCCAAACAGUGUAGGAUCCCAGGCAGCUGCCUCCAAACAAUGUGGCGUUUGGGCAGCUGCCUCUACACAACAGUGGCAGUUUCUGUUGACACCGGAAGUGCCUGUACGCGCUCCCGCUGCCACGAUUUGAGCUUGCCCUUACUGCCAUAAUGGCGACUGCUGGGACGGCGGACCCUGGACCCACAACCCAGACAGGGACCAGCAGCCUCCGGAAAAUGGCCUCUUCAGAGGUGCCUGGCUCUUCUAGCACAACCCAGAGUAUGAAGAAGACCAUUGGACACCGGGGCGUCGAGACCUCCACAGGAGAGACCACCUAUAAAAAGACCACGUCAUCUGCCCUGAAAGGUGCAAUCCAACUGGGUAUUGCUCACACUAUUGGAAGUUUAAGUCAAAAAGCAGAGAGGGAUGUUCUAAUGCAGGACUUCGUGGUGGUCGAAAGCAUCUUUUUCCCCAGUGAAGGCAGUAACCUGACACCCGCUCAUCACUACAGUGACUUUCGCUUUAAGACCUACGCUCCUAUUGCCUUUCGUUACUUCAGAGAACUGUUUGGCAUUCGGCCAGAUGACUAUCUGUAUUCUCUGUGUAACGAACCAUUGAUCGAGCUGUCUAAUCCCGGGGCCAGUGGAUCAAUCUUCUAUGUCUCAAGUGAUGAUGAGUUCAUCAUCAAGGCCGUUCAGCACAAAGAGGCUGAGUUCCUCCAGAAACUCCUGCCUGGAUACUUCAUGAAUAUAAACCAAAACAAGCGCACCCUGCUGCCCAAGUUCUAUGGACUGUACUGCGUUCAGCGCGGGGGCAAGAACAUCCGUAUGGUCGUGAUGAACAAUCUUCUCCCUCGGAUAAUUCCCAUGCACCUCAAAUACGACAUGAAGGGCUCCACCUACAAGAGACGAGCCUCUCCUAAGGAGAGAGAAAAGGCUGUUCCCACUUACAAAGACUUGGACUUUAUCCAGGACUUGCCCGACGGUCUGCUGCUGGAAUCGGACAACUACAAUGCUCUGUGCAAGACUAUACAGAGGGACUGCUUGCUAUUACAGAGUUUCAAGAUCAUGGAUUACAGUCUGCUGGUGGGCAUCCACAACAUGGACCAGGCCAGUCGAGAGCGAGAGCGCAGUGGGGGCUAUUCGGGGGAAAGCGGUGGGUCAGAGGGAGCUGUGACUCCAGACCAGCGCCGGCCGCAAGCCCAGAAGAGUCUGUACUGUACAGCCAUGGAGUCCAUCCAGGGGGAGGCUCGAGGAAAGGGAGCUUUAGAUUCAGAAGACCACAUGGGUGGUAUUCCAGCUCGUAACAAUAAAGGAGAGAGGUUGCUGAUCUACAUCGGCGUCAUCGACAUUCUCCAGUCCUACAGGUUCAUUAAAAGGUUGGAACACUCCUGGAAGGCUUUGGUCCAUGACGGGGACACAGUUUCAGUUCACAGACCUGGCUUCUAUGCAGAGCGUUUCCAGCAGUUCAUGUGCAGCACAGUGUUUAAGAAAAUUCCACUAAAACCAUCCCCAUCUAAGAAGAGUCGUAGUGGAGGUCAGGGAGGUCUUAGGAGGGCCCCCACCCUUGGAGGUCCCACCCCGCUCUCCAGUGCAACAGGGCAGAUAUCUCUCGACUCCAGACUGAUGUACCACAGCAACUUCAAAAGCACAGAGUCAGAAGCUGACAGUGGCGUGCUGUCGGGCAGAUCUGAUCUCGUUAUGAGGACCCCUCCACUAGACAACCCUGCUGAUAGUGAGGCCAACCUCUCCACCUCAUCACUAGGCAGCACAGGAGUCGCCUCCACCUCUCCUCCCCUGCGUUCUGUUGGAGUGGACGUGCACAAAUCCGCAAACACAGACCACGACCAGGGGGCUCACCACAGUUUUGGCGAAGAAGAGGCUGCAGAUAAUUCUGGCAACUUCUCUGGAAAUGAAGAUGUAGUUUCACUAUCAGACAUCAUCCCAGAGACAAACAUCUGUUUUUAAAGAAAACGACACAGUGCAAUCCUAGAAUGAGGCGUUUCUGGCCUGGUGAGAGUGGGUGGAAGUAAGGAUGAAGAGAACAAGCAUCCACAGCAGACCCUCCGUUGCACCUGAGGAUGUUCUCUCACUCUAUACACACAGUAUAUACAGGGGUCAUUGAAUGAUGCUUGGAGGUGCAGAGGAGGUCACAGCGGUGUUUAAAGCAAGGACUGGAACAAUGAGGAGCCAGUGUGGGGUAGGACCUGAGACUUUCCCCGCCAUCAACAAAGUCGCUGUGUGUACACUAUUUCCACACCUGCCCCAAAGCCCCAUUGCCUUUAUUAACACCUUGGGGACAAAACAAAGGACCCUGAAUUGGAAGCUUAUGAAUAGCUUUGGCAGGGGUUCUCCUUCAUCUUUGCAGCAGGACAGUCUGCUGCAAGGUAAACAUAGAAUAAAAAAGAAAUACUUGUAUAUAAUGAAAAAGCCCCCUUGUCACAAGUGGAUGGUGAAGGCAGUCAAAUUCUCCAUGGGAGUCUGGGGAGAAAUCUGGGCUAUCAGUGGUCAUUUUUUUCAAAUCAACACUUGCUGCUGUCAACUCUGCAAUCAAGUAUGCAUUUCAGUUUUUUUGCCGAUUGUGGAUGGACAGUAUUUGUUUGAAGUCAGACUUUGGAAACGCUGAAGGGAUAGGUUGAACCAGACCCCUACGCUAAUAUAGUUUCACGCUUUGUGAUCAGAUAUUCUGCUGGAAGUCACGGUGGUGCUGCGAAGGUCCAAACAGAUCUUGCCGUUGCUGAAUGUACAUUAAUGUUUUUUUCCUUUUUCUAAUUUCAUAGAAUGUGUCUUAUUAACAUGGCAGAUCACAUAAUUACAACCCUGAAAAUCUCCCCCUCUGAUGUGACCAUAUGUGCUGGAGUAUAAAUGAACACGGAAAGAUGAGAUGUCGACAGCGCUGCUGAACAGUAGAUGCUGUUAUAUAGUAUAAAGUUAAUAGAACAGUAACAUCCAAGCUACUAUCUGUCAUGCGUGUGCCUUUACAUGUUUGCUCCGCCCCUAACGUGAUGUAUAACUGACAUUUUCAAAGGUUCUUGUAGUAGUUGUUCAGAGAAACCUGCCUUAUCACUACAGCUGACGUCAUCAAACUGCCAUUUGUAUGUCUGGACCUACUCAUCAGGUGUCAGGGCUUAAAAGGAAUUUCCUAUUUUAAUGCAAACACUAGUACAAUCCCUUUCGGUCACAUCCAUGUUGAGUGUUCAGUCACUCUUCUGGCAUCAGACAGAACAGAUCUGGGUCUCAUUCAUUUCUGCUGGUUACAGAAAUGACACACAGCUGCAUCCACUCUCGGACCAAUAUUACCAAUCAUGUGUAAAACUGUUUUUUGUAGUUGGUCUUACUCAACCUUUAACUUGGCAGUUCAUAAUUAAGCUGGAUUUUCACAAAGUGUCUAUCUCAUUGUUUAAAGCACUAAACAAGCCCCAGAUGUUGAUGAAAACUUUCUACCCCAGAGGUAAUUUCCGAUUCAAAGAUUUGAAUCGUAGCAGUACUCAAGAUCUUAGACAUGAUCUGAUUUUAUGAAUUUAUCUUCAUGUCCGUUAAGCACAUGCAGCAGAGAGGGAGGAAAUCUGAGUUUUGAAUAUAGAAAGAAGGAAAAUGACUCAUUGAUGCACAGUUGAGGAUUCAGAAGACUUUUGUAUGAAGAGCCAGCCACGGCACCAAAGAAAAGAGUAGGGAGUUCCUGUGAGUGUUCAGGAUCCAGUACAGAUGACAUGAAGAAGAAAUAAGACACUCCUGAACUGAUAUGUUUUAUACGGUAAUAACACUGGGUUGACCUGUGUUUUGAAUCUAUUACUAAACUGGAUGUGUGUUUUAUUUUUUUUUUGUUCAAAUCUUUCAUGUCUGAUAGGCUGUUUCUGACAUAAACCUGGACCAUGAAGAUUUAUUUUUGUUUCUCAAAUUUAGUUUUAACUUUGGCCUGAAACAUUUCAAGAGGUUACUCCACAUUCCUGUGAAAUCCUGUGAGAAGUUCAAUUUGCUGCAGUCUCGGUAGCUCUUAGAACCCAUUAUUUACCACCCUUUGUGUAGUUAGGCGAAUGUACUUGAAAUUGAUUAGUUCUGAUAUUAUGCAGAAAUAUAAAAUGCUGGUUUCCUCAAAACAGAUCAGUUUAAAGUUGUAUUUAGUCGGUUGAGAGUCAAACCCCCGCCAAAGAAAAACACUCCCCUGAAAAAUACUAUUUAAAAAAAUAAUCAGAUAAUAUUUUGUGGCUGCUUGACUUUUGAUGCUUUAUGUUGUCAUUUUUUUUUUAAUGGGUGGUACUGUGUAAUUGCUGGAUGCAGACCACUUGCGGCGCAGUUGUAAUGUACUACUCCAGUGGCACAAGACAAACGUCAUCCUCCGGUGCUUAAAGUGCACUCAGCAUUGACACUACAAAAUAUUGGAAGUAAUGCAAUAUGAACCACAAUCUGCCACCUCUCAGCUCUAAGAAGUGUAUUUAUUAAUAUUUGCUGGUUGUAGGCUAAAAUGACAAAGUUGUGUUAUGUAGACGAUUGUACGUAUACUGUAAACUGACAUAAGGAUGUCUAAAACUUUAUAGUGUGUGUUGCCUGUGAAGGGGGACGAUUUGACAAAUUGAAUUUUUAUAUUUCAUGUUUAAAUUGUGAUAUGAUAGAUAUAUUCUCUCCAUGAUGAUUCUGGGUCGUUCAGCUCCCAUGCAUUUUUCUACAUGAAUGUUUCAGUUGGCUCACGAGCCAACGUCGCUGGUUGUCCUAUAUGCUUCAAUUACUAUAUUUCUACUGUGUAUAAAAUGUGUAUAUGUACAUAUAGGAGUCACAGAAAUGCCUUCUCAUGCAACAUGUGCUGCCUGUCCCCCCAGCCCUGCCAUGUUUCAGUUAUGUGGUGGUGAUGUUUUCAUGUCGGAUUUUAAAAGAUUAAACAUAUUUUCUAAAUCUUG